AUGGCCCCAUUCAAUGUACUUCACAUAGUUUUUAUUAUUCUUUCCACUUUAGUUUUUUCCUUAUUACUUCUCUUCUAUUCAACCUUAGGAUAUGGCAUAGCAACAUUAACAUAUCCUCGGUAUUUCACUCCACGCCAUUCGAAUUACUCAUACCCUGUUCCAACGUACCAUGACUCUCUGAUUGAUGUUCGUCGCUUUAAUUACAAAGGAAAGUGUGGUGAUGUCUUCAAAUACAAACCAAACAAUAAAAAAGACUUGUGGCUCACAGCUGUUGGGAUACGAGACGUCGAGUAUUGGGACAAAAUUCGAGACAACACUAAAUUUGCUUUUGGUCUCUCGAACUCGUCGAUCCCCAACGCCGAUCGCGUUGUGUUAUAUCUUGACGGCCUUGACAUCCCCGAGUUUUUCGAUAUCGCCGAAUCUUAUCGCGUUCGUGUUGUUCGCGAGAGAGUUGAGAAACAGUCCACUAAAAAAGGGCAAGAUGUCGUUCGUCGCUUUUUCGCGUACUUCAAUUUUUUGUCGAAGAAUGUUGGGAAGUACGAAAGAAUACUUAUCAGCGACCAGCGAGACGUUUUUAUCUUCGGCGACUUCUUCGCGACGUUCUCGGGCGACGAACUUGUCUUUUUAGCGGAGUGUGAUGACGGUGGGAUUAAUUGUGUGACCUUUGGGGUUGAAUGUGUAUACAACGCGAUGAGGGAUGGAUUUGGAACAGAGGAAGCAGACAAUUAUGUGAAGAAUGGGUCUAUUUUGAUGAACGCGGGGACGAUGUUUGGAGGCGCCGAACAGAUCUUUUUGUAUGUGAAAAAGAUGGUUGAAACAUUAGACGUUGAAAAGUGGGAGAAGUGGGGGUAUGACCAAGCCGUGCAUAAUCAUCUCUUUUACGCGUUUUAUAAUAACUCGAACGUUAAUAAUAAGAAUGAAAAUAAUAUGAGCGUUGAUAUGUGCACACAACGGGCUUGCUUUAGAGAGAGAAAUACUGCAGUCUAUAGUAAUUACUGGAAAAUGUUGUACACAAGAGGAAGCGGAUGUUCACCCGUCCUUCGUCAUAAAAUAUUGGCGGAAGGAUUUUCUAUAGACCACGAUAGGUAUUAUAAGAAGGAGGAGCCGAUUAAAUAA